AUCGAGAAGGCGCAUGCAUGUUUUUGUUUGUGUUUUGAUUUUGUUUGUUUCUGCAAAUGCGAGUGUCCUAGUUCGAAACAUCAAAAAAUGACACGACACGCUCGUAACUGCACUGCUGGAGCAGUUUACACUUAUCAUGAGAAAAAGAAGGAUGCUGAGGCGUCAGGUUACGGAACGGAGCGACAGCGACUGGGCAAGGAUUCCAUUAAAAGCUUUGACUGCUGUUGCCUAACCCUUCAACCUUGCAGAAAUCCUGUCAUUUCGCAAGAAGGCUACUUGUUUGACAAAGAAGCUAUCUUGGAAUACGUUAUAACUAAGAAAAAUGAAGUAAGCCGCAAAAUGAAAGAGUAUGAGAAACAGAAGAGGAAGGAAGAGAAUGAGCUAGCAGAGCUUGCUGCUGCUGAAAAGUCGUCGCAAUUGCACAAAUUCUUGAAAACUGAGAAAAAUAUUGUCAGCACACCUAUCAACGCAUUUAAGCCCACUACAACAGACAAGCCAUCUGUGUCUAACAUGGCUGAUGGCCGCUCCAAGCAACUUCCUAGCUUUUGGAUUCCUUCAAUGACGCCACAUAGUAAAAAAUCAGCUCUUCCCAAACCAGACAAGACAAUUUACUGUCCAAUGAGUAAUAAGCCACUCAAGAUAAAAGAUUUAAUCGAUGUCAAGUUUACUGAAGUAAAAGACCCAGAUGAUAAGAAAUCAUUAAUUGUGAAAGAAAACCGUUACAUGUGUGCUGUUACUCAUGACAUUCUUAGCAACUCUGUUCCAUGUGCUGUACUCCGAACUACGGGAGAUGUAGUGACAAUGGAAUGUGUCGAAAAGAUCAUUAAGAAAGAUUGGAUUCACCCACUCACCAGUGAAAAGUUAACAGAGAAAGACAUAAUUCCACUCCAAAGAGGUGGUACAGGCUACUCUACAACCAAUGAAGAACUCGAUGCAAAGCACAACAGACCAGUACUGCAAGCCUAGGACUCAAUUCCUUUUUUUAUCAUGUCUAAAUAAAGUAAAUUCAUGCAAUAUUUAUAAUCAA